GACCAAAAGCGUCUCAAGCAAAAAGGCAAACAUAGUACAGUAGCUAUGGUUUAGCUUGGAAACUAUGUGGCUCGGUGUUCCAUGUCUUUAUCUGAAACCGGACUUCCCGGCAAUAGAUUAAGUUAUUAUUGCAAUAUUAUUAAGAUGUCAUUGAUGGAAUUCGAAGUUGGUAAUCAACCAUAAAACUAAAACAAAGCGUACGUGCGUGCGACAUGGUCAUACAAGGAAGGGGGGCGAACUUCCCAUGAAAGAUUGAAUUAUACUGUGUGGUUUACUCUAAAGUAUUCAGCAACAAUGUUUCUAUUGAUUAUUAUAUUCACAAACUUUGGGACCUUGAUAGCUGAUGAUGCAAUGAGUGACAGAAAUCUUCAAUGCUUCAACGAUUAUGACAAAAGAAUGGUUUGUCAUUUUACAACUGACAAGUCUAAGUGUGCUGAAUACUACAUGACAUUGGAAUUAUUGAGCGCACAAAAUAUAGGCCAUAAUGAUUGUACUUUCAAGGAAAAGGAGAGGUCCAAUGAUGUUUUCAAAUGUGGAUGCUCUAUUGAUCCAAUGGUCCUUAUUAUUGGGGAGGAGUUUAAUGCAACACUUUGGAAUUCUGGGAAGCGCCUAAAUUCCGAAGUCCUUUGUAUCAAAUGCAGCAUAAAACCCAAAACCCCCACCGUCCAAAAGGUGAAACCAACAGAAAAUGGGAAUUUCCUGGUCAAAUGGAAGACAAACUACCCUGAUGAUGCACCGUUUUCUAAGGAAUUGAUUGCCGAAUUGAGCUACAGAAAGAAAGGAGAAACAGAUGAGGUGUCCAUAAAUGACUCAACAACUUCCCAUGAAUUACUUGGCAGAGACUUGGAGCCAAACACCAUUUAUGCUCUGAAGGUCAGAACUUAUGCUGACAGGAGCGACCGUUUCAGUGACUGGAGUGAAGAGUUGGAAUUCACCAACCCUGCAUCAUCUCGGAAAGUACUCCAGAUUGUCAUUGUUUUCAGUUGCAUUGCUGUCAUCAUCAUCACAAGUGCUUUAUUUUGGUGCAGUGUUAGACUCAAAACCAAGUGGUGGGAUAAUAUUCCUAAAUGUUCAAACCCAGACCUUUUGUAUAUGGUUCCAGGAGUGCCUAAGGUAUUGUCUCCUCCCAAAAUACCUUUAUCCUCCAUCUAUGUUGAUUCUUCAAAAAUGGACACUGAAGGAAAAACAUGGACAAACCCCUCGUUAGUAGAUGGGAGCAGUGGAAGAGGUAGUGGCUCAGAGCUUGACUCAUCAUCUUCCCUGGGUUAUGCCCACACAUGUCCCAUGAGCCCGGAGCCUAGUAAUGUGCAGAUCAUUAGCCAUCUUCAAGAGGCCCUGAACAAAGUCUUUCCCAGCCUUGUUCCUUUGGACGGGAAUCCUCAGUCAUUGCUCUUAGCCCCUCCUAUGACAGAUGAUGGUACACAAAUGAAUUGCCCUGAGCCAAAUAGAGACAUUGGUGUGUGUUCAUCUGACUACAAUCCUCUUCAUUUCAUGAGUGAGUCUGCAGGCUCUUGUGGGUCGUCUUGUUACAACAAUAUUACCUACUCCCCCUCAGUGCCCCUCAACUCCAUUCAAGAGUUAACAACAAGCAAGACAUCCUCAUUUCCUAAGCAGCCUCUGCUCUUUUGUAACUCCUCCUACCAUUCUGGUGAGGCUGAAGUGUUGAAAAAUGUCCAUCCACAGCUGUUUCUUGGUACUGGUCAACAAGACCUUAACUUGUCCACUAACUGUGCACCCCUCUUGCAAACCGAGUUUUCAUAUCACACGUGUGAUGGCACCAGUGAUGAUUCAGAGACUACCACGUCAGCAGAGGACACCAGUCUGAUCUAUGGCUCUAAUGACAGCAAUGUGUCCGAACCUCACAAUGUUAUCAGUGUCGUUGCUGGAUAUCAGAGCUUCAGUGAGGCGGUCGGUAAGGACAAUAAGAGAGGAACUGAUGCCUUCAUGGAUGUGUCACUGCCACUUAAGGGUUUCCAGGAUGUGGACAGUAGCGAGCCACUGAUUUAUGAUGUGAAUCCAUGUUACCACAGCCUGCCUGACCCUGGAUGCUGCCUCCCCCCGAGUGACGUCGAUUAUCAGACUUUACAGAGCCUGGGACAAAAUAGCCCAGAUCAGUGGGUUUCAGACAAACUGCUGAACAAGUGUUUGGAGACUGAGAUCCCUCAAAGCUCCAUGGGGAACAUGCCUCUAAAUGUCAUAUCCAACUCACAGGGAGGACAAUAUCCGAUACCCGGAAGUCCCUUUCUUACUGCUUUCUGUUCAGACCAAGCCAUGCAAAUAGACAAUGACAGCUCUUAUCAUUGUGUGUGAUUCUACGGUAGACACUUUUGCACUUCUCUUUACAAUUUAUUUUAUUUUGGGGACUUGAGCUCAUAUAUAUGUUUUUUUCUAUAUUAUACAAACAGUUUGAAUACCAUUCUGCCAUGAAAAUGCUGUAGUCUCAAGUCCAGAAAUGUUCCACAUUUUGGAUGUACAGCUUCUGUAAAUAAACAUGUGUGUGUGGGGAAACUGCAACAGUUAAUUGUUGAAGAGAUAUAACAUGUCUUGUCUUUGCCUCAUCUGUCUAAAGCAUGUUGUUCAUCAUCUGGGAUGUAAAAAAAUAAGGAUGUGUACUUCAGUUGAAAUACUGAGCAAUAACAUCUUGAUUAAACAUCAAGGUCGUCAAACUAGUCUCCAGCCUCUGAAAGUGACUUCUCUUCUAAUAGCUUCCCAAAAUAGUAAAAUAGUCAGACAGUUUCAUUGCAUCUGAUGUUUGAUAGGCUAAAUAGUGUUAACAGUACAAGCCUCAUGCAAACAUUGAGGUUGAAUUUCUGAUGAAAAAAGUGGUAGGCCUACUUCCUUAUUCUGCGCUUCCAGCUUCUAUGGAAAUACACUCCCAGAAAGUAGAGCCAGCUUCUGAUGUCAUAGAUGUGUUGCGAAUCAGGUUCAACAAAACAAUUGUCUUUGUUUAGGGUUAUUUUCUGAGGAUGAAGUUCAUGUUUUGUAGUGUUUAUUGUAGAAAACAUAAAGACUUUUUUUUCCCUUCAAA